CGCUCUGAUUUUGAGAUAUCGGCUUUGCUUUCCCUUUUGUUUUCUUUAUACCUCCAACCCCUCCCUUCUUCUUUUUCGCAAUGUCCGUUUGACAAAAGGGAAAUGCAGCGAGGGCGACGUCUUUGUUUGAAUUCACGAGCAGGGAAUCAGGACCCACGAAUAAAAACAAAGAAAGAGAGAGAGAAAGAGAGAGACAGAAAAAGAGAAGAAGAGAAUUCGCCCACUGUCGAUGUUGGGUUCUCAGGAAACUCUUGCUUCACUUGCAAGUGACGGUGGCUGCGCGAUAGCAAGUCUCAAGGUCUCUAACGGCGGCCCCUCUUCGCCGAUUCAAUUCUUUUUUAACCACUCAACUGAUCUUGGGAUCUGAUAUUGAGUGGAGCGCCAUUUGAUCGUUGUUGCUGGCUUGUUGCUUCGCUUGCAAGCGCCGUAUUCUUGGCGGGGGGUUUUCUGUCUCGUGGGUCUUUGUGUUUUGGGACGCGCGGGUUGAGGCAAGCUUCUUUCAGAGGGUUUAUUAUUUUAACUGUGCUCCGAAGAGAGGUUUUAGCUGCUUCUGGUGCUAAUUUACAUUCAGUGCCAUUGCUUCUGUGGUUCCUGAGGCACUUGCUGAGCACCCAAAAAAGAGGAAGAGCAAGUCCAGUCUGAGGAUUUGUUGUCGGAUGAGCAUUGGCGGAAGCAGGUGAUGCUCUCGCUGUUUCAAUUUGUCUGUGAGAUGCAAUUCGGCAUGUGGAUGUGCAAGUUUCUCCGUAAGAGUUGAUGGGAGUGUUGGCCUUGAUUUGAGCUCAAGAUCCGAGUUGAAUAAUAAUAAUAAUGCUGCUGCAGCUUUUUCCAGGGAUUUUCCAGAAAUGGGUCUUCCUGGCCUUCUCUUUGUGUUCAUUUCUAUGUCUGAAAACCCCAGCACAAUCUUGUGAUCCAAAUGAUCAUUUGGCAUUGAAGGAAUUCGCCGGUAACCUCACCGACGGGUUAAUUAUUGCUGCUUGGUCCAAUGAUCUUGUUUGCUGUAAGUGGGAUGGCGUUUCCUGCGAGUAUUUAAGUAACUCAUCAACUCCCUUCAGAGUUACUAAGUUGAUUCUGUCGGACCGAGGCCUCAAAGGCUUUGUUUCUCGCUCCUUGGGCCGUUUGAGUGAGCUGAAAUUGCUUGAUCUCUCGCACAAUUAUCUCAAAGGUGAUUUGCCUGCCGAACUUUCGCUCUUGAAGAGGUUGAAGUUUGUUGAUUUGAGCCAUAAUAUGUUGUCAGGACCAGCUUGGGGAGCAUUAUCUGGUAUUUCAUCCAUCCAAUCUCUGAAUAUUUCCAGCAAUCAGUUCACUGGGGAUUUGCUCCAGCUUGGGAAUUAUCCUAAUCUUCUUGUGUUCAAUAUUAGUAACAAUUCUUUCUCAGGAAGCUUCAAUUAUCAUGUCUGCGUUUCAUCUAAUAGUAUUCGUGCCCUUGAUUUAUCGAUGAACCAUUUGGUGGGGGGUCUCGAUGGCUUGGAGAAAUGCGGGCUCUCUCUUCAGCAGCUACAUCUGGAUACUAAUUCCCUUUCUGGCCAUCUCCCAGAAUCUUUGUAUAGUAUGUCAUCUCUGGAGCAACUCUCCAUAUCUGGGAACAACUUCUCUGGCUCAUUGAGCGCAAACUUAAGCAAUCUUUCUAGCCUCAAAGCCUUGAUUGUAUGUGGGAAUCGGUUCUCGGGCCCUUUUCCUGAUGUUUUUGGAAACCUUAAGCAGUUAGAACGGUUAAUUGCGCAUUCAAAUUCAUUCUCAGGCCCACUUCCCUCUAGCCUGUCUCUCUGUCCAAACCUUCGAGUGCUUGACCUUCGGAACAAUUCUCUUACUGGCCAAAUUGAUCUAAAUUUCACCAGGUUGUCCCGUCUCUGUACAGUUGAGCUAGCCUCCAAUCAUUUCUCUGGCCCUCUUCCAGAUUCCUUGUCCAGUUGCCGUGAGCUGAAAAUUUUAAGCCUUGCCAAGAAUAGUUUCAGUGCAGACAUCCCUGUAAGUUACGGGAAGCUCACAUCGCUCUUGUUCCUCUCAUUGUCAAACAACAGUCUCGUUAACUUAUCCGGUGCUUUGUCCGUGCUUCAGCAGUGCAAAAAUCUGAGCACUCUUAUCCUCACAAAGAACUUCCAUGGGGAGGAAAUUCCUGGAAAUGUGACUGGUUUCGAUAGUCUGAUGGUUUUAGCUCUUGGAAAUUGUGCUCUCAGAGGUCAAGUCCCUGUGUGGCUAUUGAGUUGCCCAAAGUUACAAGUUCUUGAUUUGUCGUGGAAUUAUUUUGAUGGAAGCGUCCCUUUUUGGAUGGGGAAGAUGGAGAACUUGUUUUAUUUGGAUCUCUCGAACAACUCUCUCUCUGGGGAGAUCCCCAAGAGUUUAACGCAGUUAAAGUGCCUUGUUUCUUCGAACCUUGUCUCGCCAAAUGUCACUGCUUCUGCCGGAAUCCCUCUAUAUGUCAAGAGAAACCAGAGUGCAAAUGGCUUGCAAUACAACCAGGUCUCGAACUUUCCUCCCUCGAUAUAUCUGAGCAAUAACAGACUGAAUGGGACUAUAUGGCCUGAAAUUGGUCAGUUGAAGCAGCUUCAUGUCUUGGAUUUGAGCAGGAAUAACAUAACCGGAACGAUUCCUUCUUCCAUCUCAGGUAUGGAGAAUUUAGAAGUACUGGACUUAUCUGAUAACAAUCUCUAUGGAUCUAUCCCGGAUUCACUUGAGAAGCUCAGCUUCCUCUCGAAGUUUAGUGUGGCCAAUAAUCACUUAACGGGUCCCGUUCCUACCGGGGGACAAUUUGGGAGCUUUCCAAGCUCUAGUUUUGAAGGGAACCCUGGGCUUUGCGAUGAAAUAGAUUCUACAUGUGGUGGAGCUGAUAAUACGGGGAUGAGGCCUAAUAUUACAGCCGGGCCCCAGAACAAAUUCAGCCGUAGAAGCGGCAUUCUUGUCAUAACAAUCAGUGUCGGGAUAGGGGUUUCACUACUGCUGGUUGCCAUUUUGCUAAAGAUCUUGAGGAGGGACAUUAGCGAUCACAUAGAUGACUUACAUGGGGAACUAGGCAGGCCUCAUAGGUUAUCUGAAGCUCUUGAAUCUUCCAAAUUGGUGCUUUUUCCAAAUUCAGACUGCAAAGAUCUUACAGUUGCGGACUUAUUAAAGUCAACAAGCAAUUUUAGCCAAGCGAACAUUAUUGGUUGUGGUGGAUUCGGUUUAGUUUACAAAGCGAACCUCCCAAAUGGCACAAAAGCUGCAAUCAAGAGGCUUUCUGGGGAUUGUGGUCAGGUCGAACGCGAAUUUCAGGCCGAAGUGGAGGCUCUGUCAAGAGCUCAGCACAAGAAUCUUGUUUCUCUCCAAGGUUAUUGUCGCCAUGGUAACGAUAGGUUGCUGAUCUAUUCGUACAUGGAGAAUGGAAGUCUAGAUUACUGGCUGCAUGAGUGUAAUGAUGGAGGCUCUGUUCUUGCAUGGGAUAUCAGGCUCAAGAUAGCUCAAGGAGCUGCGCGGGGAUUGGCGUACCUGCACAAGGUUUGCGAACCAAAUAUUGUCCAUCGAGAUGUGAAAUCCAGCAACAUACUAUUGGAUGAGAAGUUCGAGGCUCAUUUAGCUGAUUUUGGCCUCUCGAGGCUGCUUCGUCCCUAUGAUACUCAUGUGACUACGGAUUUGGUCGGAACUCUAGGGUAUAUUCCUCCAGAAUAUAGCCAGAUGUUGACAGCCACCUUCAGAGGCGAUGUUUAUAGCUUUGGCGUCGUUCUUCUCGAGCUUCUCACCAGUAGAAGGCCUGUGGAAGUUAUCAAAGGCAAGAAUUGUAGGGAUCUGGUUUCUUGGGUGUUUCAGAUGAAGUCCGAGAAGAGGGAGGAAGAGAUCAUCGACCCGUCGAUCUGGAUCAAGGAUCACGAGAAGCAGGUACUGGAAGUGCUCAGUGUGGCGUGUAAUUGCACUGACAGGGAUCCCAGGAGGAGACCCUCGAUUGAGCAGGUCUUGUCGUGGCUUGACAGGGUUGGUUUGCAGGGCUCUCCAGGAUCUUGACUCAAUCACCUCUCUUUGCAAACUGAAGGGGUUGAUCCAUGGAGAUUGUACAUGUAAAGCUACAAAAGUGUUCCUAGUUCCUGCAACGCUGGUAUAGUGUCGACAGACCAUGUCAUCACAGCAGUUAUAGGAAAACAUCUUUGGCUAUGCAUACUGAAAGAUAAAAUCUUUUGGAUCUUUAGGCUGUUUCGCCGUUUAUAUUGUAUAAAUAAGAAGUUUCUCCCAAUAUUCUUUUGCAUCA